AUGAACUUUUCAGACUGUGAGAAUUUUCUCAAAAUCCUUAUGAACGGUCCUCCAGGACAUAUAGAAAACACCAAAACCUUAGCCAUAGCUUUCAACAACCCUCAUGAAGGCUAUAAUAUAAUUCAUAUAACCGGGACUAACGGAAAAGGCACUGUGUCAAAAUUAUGUGCAUCUGCAUUAGAAAAAUCAGGCUAUAAAGUUGGUCUAUAUAUAUCCCCUCAUAUCUCAACUUUUCGUGAAAGAAUCCGAAUUAAUUCAAAAAUAAUCCCCAAGCAAAAAUGUGCUCAAAUUACUGAAGAAAUUGUUAAAAUAACACAAGAAAGAAAUCUAUCAAUUGGCUGAUUCGAAUAUUUUUUAUUUUUAGGAUUUUUGUAUUUCAAACAGGAAAAUGUCGACUGAGCAGUCAUAGAAGUCGGUGUUGGAGGAUUGCUUGACAACACAAAUAUCGUAAAUUCUUUUAUAUCAAUAAUUACAUCAGUUGGUUUUGACCAUGUAGAAUUAUUGGGACCUACAUUAGAAGAUAUUGCUUUUCAAAAGGCUGGGAUUAUAAAAGAAGGAAGACCUUGUGUUAUAGGACCUCAUUGUCCUUUAGAAGUUAUAAGCAAAGUGAGUAGAGAAAAGAGGGCUGAGCUAAUUUGUGUUCCUGAAAUAAGCGAAACAGCUUAUAAUGAAAAUAAAAGAAUAGUUUCUACUGCGUUUGACACUUUAAGAAGAUAUGGAAUAGAGAUACAAGAAAAUGUUUUGGAUGGUUUGGAUAUACAGCAACCAUGCAGGUGUCAGAUCGAAAAAAUUAAUAAUAAAGCAGUAGUUUUGGAUGUUGGGCAUAAUCCUCCAGCAAUUUCUCGGCUUUAUCAAGAUUUAAAGAAUAUUUUUCCUGGUUUUAAAUUUGUUUCAAUUUUUGCAAUGACAAAAGGCAAAAUGCAUGAGGCUACCUUGAGGGAGCUAAUAAAUGGCACUGAUAAGAUUUAUAUUGUAUCUUCAAGCCAUCCCAAAAUUGUUCCAUAUCAGGAUCUAGCUGCAGUUUUAAAUAAUAUAGCUCAAGGGCAGCUAGUUGGCUCAGGAGAUUGUAAUGAAACUGUUCCUGCAGUAUUAGAAGAGCUCAGAGAUAAUGAAAUUCUUGUGAUUUGUGGAAGCUUUUAUAUUAUGAAAACUGUUUGUGAUUUACUUGGGAUAUCUUUAAAGGGCAAAUUAUAA